AUUAAUCUUGGCAAUACUGUCUACUAACUUGUGACAAUGUGCUCAUUUUGACAAUCGAAAUAUUUACGAAGCCUUCGUAAUUUUUGAAAUAAAGAAAAUUAUUAGUGAAAAAUUGUAAAUUGUACUAGGCGGAGUUUUUGUUGGCGCACCUAAGGUGUGACAAAUCGGCCCCAUUUGACGACGGCGUAAUUAAUAAAAUUUAUAUCGAUUAUAAUAAUUAUACAAUAGGAUUCCGUGCGCCGUCCUAAUCGUAGAACGAAAUGUUGAUCUUGCUGAGAUCAGCAUGGAAAUCAUUAGCCAGAAACAACACAGUGCGUGUUAUCAAAAGUCUUCAUUCUCAAGCGUUUAGCAGCAAAUAUUUACUGUUUACCAAUAUGGGUAUAUCCUGCGUUCUGGGUGCUGUGGGUGAUGUCUUGGAGCAAAAUUAUGAGAUCUAUGCGGACGAGUUAAAAGAAUGGAAUCCUAUACGAAGCCUUCAUAUGGGUAUAUCUGGCUUGUCAGUUGGCGUAGUGUGUCAUUAUUGGUAUCAAUAUUUGGAUACUCGUCUACCUAAUCGCACUUUCAAGGUAGUCCUCCAAAAAAUCUUCUUAGAUCAAGUAAUUGGCUCGCCCAUAUAUAUAACUUGCUUUUUUAUAACGAUGGGUCUGCUAGAAAAAAAAGCCAAUCGAGAAAUAUGGGACGAAAUGAGAGAAAAAGCCUGGAAAUUAUAUGUUGCCGAGUGGGUCGUAUGGCCUGUAGCACAAUUCGUAAAUUUUUAUUGGUUACCUACACGCUACCGUAUUAUCUACGAUAAUAUUGUGAGUUUGGGUUACGAUGUGUUUACGUCGCAUGUGAAACAUACAAAUUCGUGAAUAGAUGUCGAUGGCAUGUGAUAUACAAUAAUUUGUCAAAUUUAUUAUGUACGAAGUGAUUUUCUUUGUAAUUUAUUACCUCAACAAAUUUCGAUUGUCUAACAUAUUAAAAUAAGUAUAUUUUAAACUUUAUAUAAUACUUUAA